UGUAUUUUAGGGUUCUUCGGCCGCGAUGGCGUGCACGGAGCCGGGGGGAUCGUCCUGGCACGGGGGGUGGAGUGCCGGCAGCAGCCCAGGUAAGUGCGACGACGGCAUCGAUGAAUCGCCGCAUUUUCUCCACAAGAUUGGCGAGGACCAGGACAAGAGCCCAGCUGAGACCCUGUCCGGGAAGAGGAGGAGAAGCCGAUGGGAGCCUAACGAGGCCGCGGGUCCGGGCGAGCAGCAGGAGGGCAGAGGAGGGACGCCGGCCCCCAAGAAGAGGAAAUCCCGCUGGGCUGCCGAGGAGAGCUCGUCCAAGACGCUCUUUCCCAACGUGAAUUUGCCCAAUUUCAUGACGGGCAUCGAGCUGGAUCCCGAAAUGCAGCUUCUCAACAUCAAGCUGCUGGAGCUGAGCAAGCGCCUCCAGAUCGGGCAGCUGUUCGAGGAGAGGUCCGAGGGGCCGAGGUCGCCCAGCCCGGAGCCCAUCUACGACAACAUGGGCAUCAGGAUCAACACGCGGGAGUUUCGUGCCCGGGAGAAGCUGACCAAGGAAAGGCACGAACUGAUUGCACAGAUGAUCAAGAGGAACCCCCAGUUCAAGCCGCCGCCGGACUACAAGCCUCCAAAGCUCCAGAAGAAGCUCUUCAUCCCGGCGAAGGACUACCCGGGCUACAACUUCAUCGGGCUCAUCAUCGGUCCCCGGGGAAACACACAGAAGAGAAUGGAGAAGGAGACCGGCGCCAAGAUCGUCAUCCGAGGCAAGGGCUCGGUCAAGGAAGGGCGGACGCAGCAGAAGCGCGACGUGAAGCCAGAUCCCAGCGAGAACGAAGACUUGCACGUACUCGUGGAGGCGGACAGCCAGGAAGCUCUGGAGGCCGCGGCGGGGAUGGUGGAGAAGCUGCUCCAGCCGGUGGAGGAAGGCAUGAACGAGCACAAGCGCGCGCAGCUGAGGGAGCUUGCGGCGCUCAACGGGACCAUCCGGGACGACGAGAGCUGCCGGAACUGCGGACAGCUCGGGCACCGGCAGUACUGCUGCCCGGAGAAGAAUACCACUUUCAAGGCCGGGGUGGUGUGCGCGAAGUGUGGCGAUGGCGGCCACCCGACGAGCGACUGCCGGCAGCAAGGCGGCGCUUCGAACAAGAUGGACGGGGAGUACCAGAAGUUCUUGGUGGAAGUGAACGCGGAUGGAAUGGGGGGAGAGUCGUCAUCGUCCUCGGUGGGCCGGCACUCCGGGGGCUCGACGCUGCUGCUCGGUGGAGGGUCAAACGGAGCGAGUGAAGGUGGUGGAAGCGGUGGUAGCGGCGCCGCCACCACCAGCAGGGCCGCCAAGGAAUCCGACGACACCAACUUGUACGUGGGCUACUUGCCGCCAAACUACGACGAUGAGUCCCUGCGGAGCCUCUUCUGCCCGUUCGGCCAGAUCGAGGAGGUGAAAGUGAUCCGGGACAGGAACACCGGCGCGAGCAAAGGCUAUGGCUUCGUCAAGUUCUGCGACGCUGCGUGUGCCGUCCAGGCCGUGCACCACAUGAACGGCUGGAAGGUGGAGGACAAAACUCUGGCGGUGAGAGUCGCGGGGAGGCCCCCGGUGGCGGCGGCGCCCAUGGCGGCGGGGUAUGGAACUGACGCAGCCGGGUUUCCAAUCUAUCCGCCGCUCCAACACCACCAACACCAACACCAGCAAGUUAGUCCGGGAUGGGGAGCCCCGCCGCCACCUCCUCCCAUUUUCACUCCAUACGCCGCCGCUCCUCAGCCGGCGUUCCCCCCGCUAGCCCCGCCUGGGACCGCGGCUCCUCCGCCAGUCUUCAACGCGUUUCACCACCACCACCACCAGCACGCUCCGCCAGGAUUUGCGUUCGCCGCCGGGGCGGCCGCCAGCGCUUUGCCACCUCCGCCGCCUCCCGGGAUGGAUUCUUUCGAAAUGCAAGGGAUCCAAGCGUCCGGCGAUUACUCGGGCCAGUUUGGUGGUGGCUACUAUCCCCCAGUGGCGCCGCCGCCGCCGCCAGUGUUCCCUCCCUGGGCUUCCAGCGCCAUGGUGUCGAGUAAUGGCAAUGCGAGUGGUGGCAAUAGCAAGAAUAACCAGGUCGAGUCGGAAUAUGAGAGGUUUAUCUGUGAGAUGAAAAUGCAGCUGUAACUACUUCUUUUAAUUGUUUUA